CCGGCGCCGCCCAUCUCGCGGGAGGCGCGCGGCGCGAUGGGGCUGCUGGAGGAGUGCAGGGCCGCGUUCGGCAGCGCCGACCUGUACGGCGUGCUGGGCGCGCGGCGGCAGGCCUCGGGGCGGGAGCUCAGCCGCGCCUACCGCCGCGCCUCGCUGCGCGUGCACCCCGACCGCGCGCAGCCCGGCGACAAGGAGGAGGCGACGCGGCGCUUCCAGGUCCUGGGCAAGGCCUACGCCGUGCUGAGCGACGAGGCGCAGCGCGCCCUGUACGAUGAGCAGGGCACGGUGGACGAGGAGGGCGAGGCGCUGAGGGGCGAGCGCGACUGGCACGAGUACUGGCGGCUGCUCUUCAACAAGAUCACGGUGAAAGACAUCGAAGAUUUUGAGAAGAGCUAUAAACACUCGGAAGAAGAGCUCGCCGAUAUUAAAGCAGCGUACGUGGAUUUUGAGGGGGACAUGGACAGAAUAAUGGAGUCUGUAUUGUGUGUGGACUAUACCGAUGAACCAAGAAUAAGGAAAAUCAUACAGGAAGCCAUCGAUUCUGGAGAAGUCCCAUCCUACAAAUGUUUUUUAGAAGAGUCUAAGCAGAAAACAAUGGCAAGAAAAAGGCGGGCAGAAAAAGAAGCUAGAGAGGCAGAGAAGACUAAAGAUGAACUGGGCCUUGGUGGAGAAGAUGACUUGAAAGCGCUGAUUCAAAAGAGAAAUAAAGAUCGGGAAAAGGAAAUGGAUGACUUUCUGGCCCAACUGGAAGCAAAAUAUGGGAGUAGUGCUAAAAAAGGAGGAAAGAAGACUGCAGCCAGGAAAGGAAAGAAAUAGAGAAAGAAAUAAAGAACUGUGUAGGCUGAAAUAUCAGGUGUCGUUUUGUAUGAGAACGUGGAUUUGGGAGAAUUUGAGCUUUUUUCUGGGCUACUGUUUUGGACUGCGUGUGCAUCAACUUGCUGUGAGUGGGAGGUAUGAUGCGGAAUCCAUCCUGAAGAUGUUUAAAAUCACUUUGGUGCUCUUCAGUUAAGAUCAAACAGAUUCUUUGACUAAAAGUUUUGUUACAGUAAGGAAGCAGUAUGAUGUUUGGGAUGGUGGUGUGUUUAUUGAACUUGUUGAAGCACCUGCCUUCCAAACACCUACCGGAUAUUGGUACAGCUGAGGGUAAAACAGCGUAAUUCCAUACCUUUGAGAGUCUUCAGUGCCAUAUUCCUGUGGUUUCUGAGUUGGAAAUACUAUCUUAUUGCUAUUCACACACUUCUUUUGUAACAAACCUUCUGCUGUUUUUAAAGGUUUUGCAGUUCAGCUCAACAGAUGUUUUCCAGAUAUUCCAGCGGAUUUAUAAAGGUACUUUGGAAAAUGACAGAUUUAAUAAAUAAAAAGUUUUUGCAGAA